AUGACCUCCACACCCAUAUCCGUCGACGACGCCUCCAUGGCCUCGGGCACGCAGACGCCACUCUCAUCUCAUCCCUCUAAGAAAUUUCGCGUCUCUCGCUCCGGCUCGAAGCGACGCGUAGCCAUCUGCAGCAUCCGGCGGCGACCUGACUCUGUCUUUAGCCGCCGAGGAACAGACACCCCGGUCCAGAUUGUUGCUCCGUUUUCCGACUCUCUUCCCCAGACUCCUUUGGAGGUUCCCGUGUCCAGGUAUUCGUCAAAGAGGUGGAUAAUGGGCCGGUCAAAGCAGCCAGAGCUCCGCGGCUGCGUCCUUCGAGCCGUCCCCAAAGCAGCACAGGCUCCCGCCCUGCCGUCACCAAUCGCCGCUGCUCCUGGCUCUCCCUUCACUUACCGCUCUCCCUCCAAUCCCCUCAGCCAUGCACAUGUCGACGCAACCAUGGCCACAUCACCAAACGAGGAGAUCCUGAGCAACAUUGGACAGUCUCCUGCACCGACACCGUCACCGCCGUACUUCCCAAGUGUCUCGCCGAGCUUGCCGCCGAAGAAGGGUAGGAAGGAAAGAAAGAGCGAGGGAGAUGCGGGGUAUAUUGGCGUCUGGAAGGACGGGAAAGCUCAUUGGGAGGCCGAGGUGGCAUCGAUGCCUCCCGUGCCACAUCUCCCGAACACGGCCAUCGUCGAGUUGGAUUCGAGACCCAUCAGGCUAGAGACUCCUGUGCGCGAGCUGCCCUCGAUGCAGAAGGAUAAGAGGCCCAGGAUCCAGGUGAUUAUCCCCAACGACCUCCGCAACCGCGCUCCUCAUGCGCGACCUCCUUUUGUGUCACAGGCAGUGCAACACUCGAGUGCUGGUGAAAUCAUAUCAUCGCGCGAUGUCUCCCCGCCCUUGGCCAACGACAUGAUUCAAGUACGCAACUCGGCCGUGUCACCGAUAGCACACCAGAUCUUGACGCAUCGCCAACAGACGGUGCCGGUUUAUCUGGAGCAGGUCGACGAGGUGCCCGUCGUGACGAAGCACCCUUCCAUCUCGAGCUCGUCCGGAAUGUCUACUUCGGAAAUCGACGACUCGAAAUCAUCCGUCUACACCAAGAGCAACAGGACAUCAUGGACUAGCAUCGACGACAACCUGGAGCCCGGUCUUCGGCAGAACCUGAACCUAGCAGGACUCACGGCGAGCAAGGCCUACUCGAUCGUUUCCCCCACCGAAGCAGGAAUUUUCGAUGACGCAACGCCUAUCCAUUCCACCAGCAGCCAACCAAGAAGUCCGGUUUCCAAACAGAACAGCUUACGUAAGGACAAGCCUCUCCCUCCAGACCCUCAGGCCCCAAGCAUCCAGCAGACGGUUGCCAAACUCCGGAACAGCGCUAGCACACCGACGCUUGCCACGCGAAACUCAAUUGCAAGCAGGAGAAAUACGCGUCGUAACCAGCGCGUCACUUCACUUCCGGCGCGUGGCUUGGCAACGGGAAACGGAUCGGUUCCCCACAGUGAUCCUCCAAGCCCAACGCUCAGCGAGGCUGAGACGGCGUUGGAAGAGCACCUAUCAUGCAUCCUCGAGAAUUCGUGGGAUGACGUGCCGAGCGAUCAUGGAUUGGGCUCCUCGCGGAUUCCCUCGACCCCUGCACCCGUUCCUCCACGCAAGUCGUCGCGACGCAAGAGAGUCGUGUCGCUGCCUGUUGGAAGCUCGGCGAAUCACAUCGCCGCGCAACAACAUAACCAGAGGACCAACAACACCACCAGCAAAUCGCGGCAUAGGCAUAAGAGGUCCCAUGCACGCCGCGUGCCACCACCUAGGGUCAUUGCACCCGAUGCCGCCGAGCAUGUAAUCCUGGGCAUCUUCGAGAGGAUUGAUGCUCUCAAGGACCUCUUCUCUUUGGCCCGCGUAAACCGCGGCUUCUACCGCGUCUUCAAGCGCCACGAGCUGCGCCUUAUACGCACCGUCCUGCAGAACGAGUGCCCGCCAGCAUGGGAGCACCGCGAGUCGACCCCGCCGUACGACGGCGAGGAUGGCGCCGAGCAGGAGCAGCAGCGAAAGCAGCAGCAGCACCUGCAGGUGCCGAAUCUGGAAAGCGCGCAUCCGGAGCCCGAGCACACGGCCACGACCUUCUACCGGCACCACAUGCGCGACGCGCGCAUCAUCGGCGCGCUCAAGUCGCUGGUGCUGACGCGAUGCCAGUCGUUCCUGCGGCCGGAGACGGUCAUGGCCCUGGCCAGCAGCAGCGCCGCCCGCGCCGCCCGCAUCGACAAGGCCUUCUGGCGCAUCUGGACCUUCUGCACCAUCUUUGGCUGCGGAAAGGGGCGCGAGGAUGACAUCGUCGGCCAGAUGGACUGGCUCCGCGGCGGUCCGCUCGUGCACCAGACCAGCAUCCGCGCCACCAUCAUGACCAGCGACUCGUUCGACGCGAGCAGCGCCCUCCUGAAUGCUUCGGAGCACUUCGCCAAGGGAAAUGGCUCCAAAGGCCUCUCGGCCGAGGAGCUGUACGACAUGACGGAGAUCUGGACGUGCAUGGGUGUGCUGAUCUCGGCUUUGGAGGGCCGCACCGAGCAGGCCCGGGAGUUUGGUGUGUUUGAGAUGACGGAUGUUCGCGGUGGAGACAUUGAUGGCGAGGAGAAGAUGCUCCAGGAGUGGAUCUACUAUGUUUCUACUCUCGGUCUCUCUGUUGUUCUGGAGCUGGCCAACGCUACCACCAAGACGGAGCCAGAUGCCUUCGUCCUCGCUCUUGAGAAUGGCUGGAUGGAUUGGACCCCGCCUCAGCACAACGGCUCUCGCCGAACGUUCCUGAAGGAAGCCGUCGCCCGCGUCUACGAGGAGAAGAUUGCCGCCAUGGCCGCCACGACUCCUCAAGAGGAUGAUACCGCGGUGACGAGGCAAGUCCAGGCCCAGCGCAUGGCCGCCCACAAGGCUGAGAUCCAAAUGCGCCGCCGCACCGGCGACUACGCUCUGGUCCGGAUGAGCAUGGAGCGGCCGAUGAGCGAGUGGGAAGGUGUCUUCAACAGGCUGGAUAACUCCUCGUCGUCGAACGAGAGCAUCGCCGCGCCGCAGCCGCGCCGCCACGUCUCCACCUCUUCGAGCAUCAUGGCUAGCGCUCCUACACCCUGCCCCGCCGCUCCUGGUCCUUCUGUUGGCCGCUCGCAAAGCGAGCUGAUCGCCUUGCCUCCCAUGCCUGAACACACUACGGUUGCUUCGUCCGUUGCCGCCGCUCGGCACACCUCCCUGCCAGUGCCCCCGACUUAUGUGCACCAUCAGCAGAUGCAAGAGCGCAUGAAUGCCGGCGGCCGUCGUGGCAGCCAGCAGAACCCGCUGCUCCAGACGCUCGCGCACGCCAAGCAGUACGACUACGGCGUCUCCGCCUCGCCAACCGAGCAGCACCCGGCCCUGCGCUCCACCCCGUCUUCGUCUUCUUUCCGCGGCUCCGAGACGAGCAGCAGGCGCGGCAGCACCGACAGCGGCGUGAGCCCGGUCCCGGCCAGCAGCGGGAGGCUGUUCUCCGAGGAGGCUGUGCACCCGGCCUUCCGCAACGCCGCCGCGAGGCCGCAGCAGCACCACAGCCCCGUCUCCCAGUCGCGCCAGCAGCAGCAACAGCAGCAGCAGCAGCAGCAGCUACCGCACUCGUCGAACUCCAGCGUGAGCUCGAUGAGCGCGACGGCCCCCUCACCCAACGUGACCUUCCACCAGGGCCUGCCGCCUAGCUAUAGCUACGCCCAGCAGCAGCAGCAGCAGCAGCAGCAGCAGCAGCAGCAGCAGCAACAGCAACAAGCCGUCAAGCACAGCCAAAACACGCGCUAUUACUCCCAACACCACCACAACUACCACCAGCAGCAGCACCCACCCGCGCACCCAGCCUACCCUUACUCCGCCCACCGCCACGGCUCCAUCGCUUCACAACCUCCCCCGCCUCCAUCGUCCUACCAGCAAUUCCAAUACCAACAGCAACAGCAACAACAACAGGCACACCAGCGCCACCACUCGUUGCCCGCUAGCUACUCCGCAUCGUCAUCUGCAAUUAAUGGCGACCCCCUCCCCGCGCACCGCCACCGCGUCUCGACGCAGCACCCGUUCCAGCAGGAGAUCCUGUCGCCGCAGCGCGCCGACCCGGCGGCCAACUCGGCCGACAAGGCCAUCUUCCGCAUCGUCGAGAUGGGCUUCACUGCGGACGAGGCGAAGAUGGCGCUGAGGCGGACGGAUGCGGGGGAUGGGUUGAGGGUGGAUCGGGCGGUGGAGUUUUUGUUGAGUAGGAUUUGA